CUCCAGACCUUUCGCUACAAUUCAUACCCGGGCCUGGCAAAAGGAGGUGUACAGCUGGGUGCAGGGGAGCUGGCAGCAUCCAGUGACCAGGCAGAUGAGCUCCCAUGAGAAUUCCUUCCAACCUGCCCAGUUCCUGCUGCUGGUGGGCAUUCCGGUGGCAAGUGCCCUCCUUCUGGUCCAGUGCCUGCGAUGGCACUGUCCUCGCUGGCUGCGGGCUGGCUGGAAGCUGGACAGGCCAGAGGAGCUAGUGCCUGAUCCCACUCCCCUACCCAAAGAUGAGUCCCCACACCAGUACCCACCGGCCGUCCUGUCGGAGAUGGCCGCCUUCUACCGGGAACUGCACACGCCCACCCAGGGCCAGACCGUCACCCGUCAGCUGAUGCACAAGCUGCUGGUAUUUUCGGCUCGAGAGGUGGAUCACCGUGGCGGCUGCCUGAUACUGCGGGACACGGGCAUCUCGCUGCUCAUCCCGCCAGGUGCUGUGGCCGUGGGCCGCCAGGAGCGGGUGUCACUGAUCCUGGUGUGGGACCUGUCGGAUGGCCCGUCAUUGUCCCGAGACCAGGCGCUGGUGAGCCCCGUGGUGGCGUGUGGACCCCAUGGGGCCUCCUUCCUGAAGCCCUGCACCCUCACCUUCAAGCACUGUGCGCAGAUGCCCAGCCACGCCCGCACCUACAGCAGCAACACCGACCUGCUCGACACUAAAGACUGGAAGCCCCUGGGGAAGUCGGGGGUCCACACCUCCCUGGACGAGUGUCGCAUCCAGCUCUCCCACUUCAGCCUCUACACGUGUGUGCUGGAGGCACCCUCGGGCCAGGAAGCCCGCAAGUGGCUGCAGCUGGCGGUGUUCUGCUCGCCGCUGGCACCGGGGCAGAGCCACCUGCAGCUGCGCGUCUACUUCCUCAACAACACGCCCUGUGCCCUGCAGUGGGCCCUGACCAACGAGCAGCCCCACGGCGGGCGCCUGCGCGGGCCCUGCCAGCUCUUCGACUUCACCGGGGCCAGAGGGGACCAGUGCCUAAAGCUCAAGUACAUCUCUGAGGGUUGGGAGAACGUGGAUGACAGCACUUCCCAGGUGGUUCCUCAUCUCCACAUCUGGCAUGGGAAGUGCCCCUUCCGCUCCUUCUGCUUCCGGAGGAAAGCAGCCAAUGAGAACGAGGACUGCUCGGCACUAACCAAUGAAAUCAUCGUCACCAUGCACACCUUCCAGGAUGGCUUGGAGACCAAGUACAUGGAAAUCCUCAGGUUUCAGGCUUCGGAGGAGGAGUCCUGGGCAGCGCCACCCCCUGUCUCCCAGCCGCCCCCAUGCAAUAGGCUGCCCCCUGAGCUCUUUGAGCAGCUGCAGAUGUUGUUGGAGCCGAACAGCAUCACAGGCAACGACUGGAGGAGACUGGCCUCCCACCUGGGGCUCUGUGGCAUGAAGAUCCGGUUCCUGUCCUGCCAGCGCAGCCCUGCUGCGGCCAUCCUGGAGCUGUUUGAGGAGCAGAACGGCAGCCUACAGGAGCUGCACUACCUCAUGACCCUCAUGGAGCGGCUGGACUGCGCCUCCGUCAUCCAGAACUACCUGGGCAGCCCAGCCCAGGUCCGUGUGGGCACCUGGGAGAACCAGGACCUGGAGCUGGAGCUGGACGUGAAGCUCUGAGUGCCUCCUGGGGCAGAGCAGGGUGGACACGGCCCACAGUGCGGUUUGCCUGGACACCCUGGGAAAACAUAGGUUCCUGGCUGUGCCCACCGACCUCAUCAGAACCCUCAGACCAUGUCUCAGGCCACUGUGAGGCCAGACUGCCCUUGCCAGCCUCCCAGGGUCUGGACCACCUUGAGACUGGCUUUGUUCUGCCUGCAGAUCCCCUCCUGGGCAGCAGGGGGCACAGGAGCCCAGGAGAUGGACCCGCAUGGUAGGCCUCUGAGAAGCUAUUUCAUAGACCAACAGACUGUUAGGUUGCAGCCUGACACCCCUUGGGGACUGGUCAGUCCACAGUAUUCACUGAGCACUUGGUGGUACCCAGCAUUGGACUGGGCAUCAUGCGGAAUCCUGGAAUAUAUGGGGGAAUUUGGAGUCUUGACAAGCACACAGUUCUCGUGUGGGAGUCAAGAUGUACUCAUAUGAGCUGAGGGCAAACUCUAAAACAACGGGGAAGGGUAGGCAAAUGUAGGUCUAUAGUUGUGAGUACGGGAAACAGAGUUUAUUCUUGUAUUAUUAUUUAUUAAUUAUAGUAUUAUUUUCCAUACGAACAACUGUAAACAGACUUUUACCCACCCUGCAUCUCCUACAGUUGGGGAUGUGAGUGUGGUGUGAACUGUUUGCUUCAGGAGUUGAGGAAAGAGGGAGCUGAGUAUGGCCUGGUGCAGGGAGGAUGUUGGAGAGAGACUUGAAUAUGCAGAGUGGUUCAGAGAUGCUUAGGUAGGGGUAGGGGUCGGGGGUGACUGAAGAGGAGGAGCCAGGAGUGAGUGUGAUGUGCUGAGGCAUUAAGCAGCCUGGCCUCACAUGUGGGAGGUGAGGGUCCAUAGAGGUUCAAGGCCAGAUCUACAGGUGGGCAGUGCUACCUGGCUGUCUACCUGUCUCCUUUGCCUUCCUUUGUCUCCUUAUACAUACCUUAUCUCUCUCCCUCUGCCAUUAUGUCUGUUAUAAAACAUCAAAGCUGAAAAAAAAAAACUU